CAAUGUUACCACGAAUUAAAUUUAAAAUACUUAAAGUAAUAAUAAUAUAUAUUUAUUUAUUUUAUUUAUUGAUAGUUGAAGCUAAUAGAUGCUUUAACGUAAAUAGUUAUAGUAAUAAUAUUGUACCUAAGUAUAAAUUAAUAAAAAAAUAUUCACGCUCAAUGAAAUCAAUAUUAUUAAUGUUAAAUGCAACUACAUUAAAACAAUGCCAAGAAUUUGCGAUAAUACGCAAAGCAAUGGCGUUUAAUUAUUAUCAUCACAAUAACUAUAAAUUUAAUUGUCAAUUGCUGGAGUGUCCUGAAAUAAAUUCUUUUGAUUCACUCGUAUCUGAUGAUAAAUUUUUUUAUUACAGCAUGUAUCCACGUAAAUUAUUACCUGAAAGAGUAAGAUGUUUGCCAAGAGUGGGUGUAUUUGUUAUCUCAGAAGAAUCAAAAAGUUAUAGAGAAGCACAGAAAAGUUGUGAAGACAUAAAUGGAAAAUUGGCACAUAUUGUUAGUGAAGAAAGAACUCAAGGUUUAGCUAAAUUUAUCAGUAAUAAUGACACACCGGUAUUUGUUGGACUCAGUAAUCGUCGAAGCAGUAAAGAAAAUCUUUGGAAGAAUGAUUUCGAUGAGCCAUUAAAUUGCUUCGAUUAUCGUGGUUGGAAUAAAGGAGAACCAUCUGGUUCACGUGGAUGUGUCGGUUUAAUUCUCACUAAAUCAUUGAUAAGCGAUAAAACACCUGCAUGGAGAGUUUUAUCUUGCUCUCAACCGUUACCUUUUAUUUGUGAAGUAUUACCUAGAGUAAAAGUUAUUAAAAAUGAUUAAAUAAUUACACGAUUAUUGUUUCGAGAUAAAUAUAAUUUUAU